AUGGCUACCACAGCUUCGCAAACACAGGAAGCUCCCUGGCAUGCGGCGUUUCCAGCUCCAACACGAAAAGCAGACAUCGUCACCCGCGAAGAAGUGCUCCAAUGGCUCCGCCACCAGUCAGACGACGCGGAAUAUGUGCUGGUUGACCUGCGACGAGCGGACCAUGAGGGAGGUACGAUAUUAGGCUCGAUAAACCUUCCAGCACAGAGCCUACACCCCUCACUACCAACAUUAUAUGCCAUUUUUAAAAAGGCAAAUGUUAAGAAGGUUGUUUUUUACUGUGGUUCAUCGCAGGGUCGUGGAACCCGCGCUGGGGGGUGGUUUGCUGAUUAUAUCGCCGAGAAUGACUCGACCUGCAUGACGAGCCUGGUGCUUGAAGGAGGAAUCAAAGGUUGGCUUAAGGCCGGAAAAGAGUAUGUCGAGUGUAUGGAUGGGUAUGAUGAGGUUGUUUGGAAGAAGCUUGGCGUGAUCUGA